AUGGAUUCUCCAUUCGACCUGCCAAUCCUAAACAACGGCGGCAUACCACAAACACACAAUGAUAUUGGAUCGCUACUUCUACCUCCACAAGGGAUCAAUAUCGAUCCUCAAGCGUCAGACGUGUCAUCCUCGGUAUGCACAAUAAGUGCCCCAGCUAAGGUACAAACGCACGCACCCGACAUACCGACGAUUUCGAAUCCGAUAUUUGAAGAGCCACAGCUUAUCGAAACGACUCCGAGUGACUGUGGCUGUCUGACUCAAUCUAUCGACCUUCUGAGGACACUUUCGGCGCAAGCUGACUUGCGGCCCUAUCUAUCCACUUCAAGUUCCGAGCCCCAGGAGGCUGCAGUUACCCUCACAGACGGCUUCUGUGAAUCGGUGCUCACGGAAAACAGACUGUAUUUAGAGACUGUCAACGAGAGGCUCACAUGCCGGCGUUGCUCAGGGGACAGCUUCCUGCUCGCCGUGCUCUCGAUGACCGUCAUGAAGAUCCUGGAGCGGUACGCCGCAGCCGCACGAGGGCAGUCCAACGACCGCGGGCGCAACGCCGCCCAGCUUGUCCUCAGCGAACUCCACCGAGUGCAAAGACUGGUGAACCAUCUCUCGCCGAAGCUCAGAAAAUCCCAUGGAGGAACACAAGAGGCACCGAUUGACCCAGAGCUGUGGGGCUAUCAGGGCAUGACACAGUGUUGGGACCGAGGGUCUUCUGCCCCCUUUUCAGUCACAACUUUGGGCCAGAUGGACAGCGACGUGCGAAAAGGCCUUGGCGCUUUGUCUUCGGAGAUCAUCAAUGGGCUGAGGGAGAACUGA